UGCAUGGGGGAGGGGACCCCUGCACAUCACUGAGUGUGUAUGGAUGCCUGGCGUGGGCUUCUCUCUCCUCCAACCCGCACAGCAUCAUCACCAUCACUCGGUCCACGGCAACAGCCUCGUACGCACCAUCAUCCUCACCCUCCUCCUCCUCAUCCUCCUCAUCUACAUCUCCGUCUGAAGGGGUUCCACAUCGCAGGAAUAAAGACAUAAGAAGAGCCUGUGGUCAGUCCAGUGACUGACAACACUUCUUUGAGGUGUAUCCUGAACACACUGAAGCUUCAGGUGGCCUCUCUCCUAAAUCCUUGACCACUUUCAUCUUCGGAACCUCUUUAAAAUGGAGGACGGCUACCAAAACCGGACUGCCUUCAUAAAAGGCGCCAAAGACAUUGCCAAAGAAGUCAAGCGGCAAGCCUCCAAGAAGGUCGGCCGCUCAGUUGAUCGAGUGACCGAUGAGUACAGCAAGCGCUCCUACAGCCGGUUUGAAGAGGAUGAUGAUGAUGAAUUCCCUCAGCAGGGAAGCCAGGACGGGGGUUAUUACCGUGGAGACAGUCAGGCGGCCAACGACGACGACGGCGGCCACAGUGACUCCACAGAGGGUCACGAUGAGGAUGAUGAGAUCUAUGAGGGCGAGUACCAAGGAAUCCCCCGGGCUGAAUCAGGCAAAGGCAGUCUGGCUGGAGGACCGGGCUCGGUGAGUGCCGGCGCUCAGCAGUUCAGAGAUAUCGGAGUGUCCGAGGCCGAGAGGAGGAAGGACCAGGAGGAGCUGGCUCAACAGUACGAGACCAUUUUACAGGAGUGUGGUCACGGGAAGUUCCAGUGGACCCUGUACUUUGUGCUGGGGCUGGCACUCAUGGCAGACGGCGUGGAGAUCUUUGUGGUGGGGUUCGUCCUGCCCAGCGCUGAGAAGGACAUGUGCCUGUCUGAACCCAACAAGAGCAUGCUAGGUCUGAUUGUAUAUUUUGGAAUGAUGGUCGGGGCCUUCCUCUGGGGGGCUAUGGCUGACCGGAUAGGCCGUCGCCAGUCUCUUCUCAUCUGUCUCUCUAUCAACAGUGUCUUCUCCUUCUUCUCCUCCUUCGUCCAGGGCUACAGCACCUUUCUGUUCUGCCGACUCCUUUCGGGUGUUGGGAUUGGUGGCUCUAUUCCCAUUGUCUUUUCCUACUACUCUGAGUUCCUGUCCCAAGAGAAACGUGGAGAGCACCUCAGUUGGCUCUGCAUGUUCUGGAUGAUUGGCGGAAUAUACGCAUCUGCCAUGGCCUGGGCUAUUAUCCCACAUUAUGGAUGGAGUUUCCAGAUGGGCUCGGCGUAUCAGUUCCAUAGCUGGCGUGUGUUUGUGUUAGUGUGCGCAUUCCCAGCCGUCGCAGCUAUCGCUGCCCUCAGUGCCAUGCCAGAGAGCCCACGCUUCUACUUAGAGAACGGCAAACAUGACGAAGGCUGGAUGAUUUUGAAGCAAGUUCACGACACAAACAUGCGAGCAAAGGGACACCCAGAGAAAGUGUUUUCUGUCACCACAAUUAAGACAGUGAAACAGAUGGAUGAGUUGGUGGACACUGGCACAGACACUCCGGUCUGGCAGCGCUACAGGCUGAAGAUCGUGAGCCUCUCCCAUCAGAUUAGGAACAACAUCCUUGCCUGCUUCAGCCCAGAAUAUAAACGGACAACUUUCAUGCUCAUGGCUGUUUGGUUUACCAUGUCUUUCAGCUACUACGGUCUGACUGUGUGGUUCCCAGACAUGAUCAAGUACAUUCAGAGGCAGGAAUAUGACUCACGCACAAAAACCUUCACUAAGGAGCGAGUGGAGCACGUCACUUUUAACUUCACCCUGGAAAACCAAGUGCAUCGCCAAGGACACUAUUUCAAUGACAAGUUCCUGAACCUGAAGAUGAAGUCCAUGGUGUUUGAAGACUCAGUGUUUGAGGAGUGCUACUUUGAGGACAUCACCUCCACACACACCUUCUUCAGAAACUGCACCUUUGUUGCAAGUUUGUUCUACAACACAGAUUUAUUCAAGUACAGGUUUGUCGACUGUAAACUGGUCAACAGCACGUUCCUCCACAACAAAGAGGGCUGCAUACUGGACUUCAGCGACGACUUCAACAAUGCCUACAUGAUUUACUUUGUCAACUUCCUUGGCACGUUGGCGGUGUUGCCUGGCAACAUCGUGUCGGCUCUAUUAAUGGACAAAAUUGGGCGUUUAAGGAUGCUGGCGGGAUCCAGUGUCAUAUCUUGUGUCAGCUGUUUCUUCCUGAUGUUCGGCAACAGUGAGUCGGGGAUGAUUGCCCUCUUGUGCCUGUUUGGUGGCAUCAGCAUAGCCUCGUGGAACGCCCUGGAUGUGAUCACAGUGGAGCUCUACCCCUCGGACAAAAGGUGCACAGCGUUUGGCUUCUUGAACGCCCUCUGUAAACUAGCGGCGGUCCUGGGCAUCAGCAUCUUCCAGUCAUUCGUCGGCAUCACCAAGGCCGUACCCAUCAUAUUCGCUGCAGGCGCCCUCGCUGCAGGUAGUUUCCUUGCAACAAAGCUGCCUGAAACACGAGGCCAAGUGUUGCAGUAAAACAAAUGACCAGCAGUUAGCAGCAGAGCACAGCUGGAGUGUGUGUUUGACAACAAAGAGCCCGAACAUCCCCGAGAGCUUCAGCGCUGCCUGUCACACACCAACAGAGCAGACUGACAUCCCCAUUGUAAGCCCAGAAUCCUUUGAAACAUGGAUUACAUCAUUUAAAGUCUAUAUAACGAUAAAGAGUAGAGCAUGCAGAUGUAGAAAUACAUUCCUAUGUCAUGAUAACACUUCUAAAUCUGUAUGAUAACACUUUCAGCUGAGGACAGAGAUGUCAAACUCAGAGAUGAGACUGUAGAAAAAAGCCAUUCAUGGGGAACGUGAAAAGAUUUAGUCCAUGAAUGUGGUGGGCUUUCCAAUAUGAAUGCAAUGUUUUAUUUUCCUGUCUGUCCUUGGCAUCAGUGACUGGCUUUCAGUGCUGCUUUUUCAUAUCACUGCUUGUACAAUUGACUCCACAUUUCCAGUGAGGCUAAUGCUUUGAUAGACGUUUAUUUUGGAAAGAUCUCACAAUGAAUUUCAGGGUGAAUAUAUUUUUCUCUAAAAUGGCCCAUGACCCUUGAUCACUGCCAUCUGAAACCAGAAGAGUUUUUACCAAAUGAUAUAAAAACAUUCCAGUUAGACUUCACUUAGUCAGAUGUCCCUGCUUAAAUCCAGUCUAGUCCUCUACUGAAAGGCAAACAGGUGAAAACGCAUUUCACAGGAUUCUUCGUUGUAUAUGGGAAUGGUUUGCUCCGGCUCCUCUCAUGUUUUUCCCUCCCUGUUGUUGAACCAUGCAGCUGUGGCAGUGUGAUGUCUGCAACACAGAAAUGCAUUUUGGUCAAGUGCUUGAUGUUGACAGAAGAUACUUUAGUGUAAUUUUUGUAAAUUAGUAGUGUGAGUAUGCAUGUGUGUCGUUAUGAAAGUGUUUCAUGUGUUUCAGUGCAGCCAUGGAGAGCAUAUCUUACUGAUCCAACAGCAGAAUGUACGGAGCAGCAGUCACACAUUCAUUUAUAGAAAUUAUAUCAAAUACAAGUCACGUAGUAGCUCAGGUGUGGUGAAUGUUUAGGCCCACGUUUACAGCUGGUGUUAUGUUUAAGCAACAAUUCACCAAUUUAUUAUGCUGGAUAGUUCUCUUUUUAAACAAAUGCUUUGAUUUGCCUUACUAUGAAAACAAGUCUUUGACGAGUGGAAAAGUUUGUUCCAUGGAAACAGGAAAUUUAUUUUUUGCAGAACUUUUAACCACAACUCUUUUUAGUAUGUCAUAGUGAAAGCUCUUGAAAGUAACUUACGAUGACCUUAAUAUGAUUUUUUUUAUCACUGUAUCUGGUUGUUUUAUCUUUUCCUGUAUGACCUUAAACAAACAUGCAGUAUCUUUCCAUAACUUGGGUUAAAGCCCCGAGGAUUUAUGAUGAGGCUCCAUUAUUUUCAUAAGCACAAAUCAAACAGGAUCAAAAAAAGACGUCUGAAGCCCUAUUGAUAAUUUCAUUUUAAGGGCUUCUGCUCCUGUUAUUCCUUUUGCAGAAUCCAUAUGUGCGACAAAAAGGGAAAUUCCUAACUGUGUUCCUACAUGAUUCUGCCUAAUCGAGAAGAACACAAAACGAUAGCGUGACUUUGGUCUAAAUGGACACAAUUGCUCCAAAGUUAAGCUAACUGAGUACCAUUAUAUAUACAUAUCAUUACUUAGUGGAUCAUUUCUCCAAAGGUGUACAUCAACAUGUGUGCUGACAAUCAGUGAGUGUGUAUGUAGGUGCUGCUGCCCAGUAGAGUAUGUUGUUUGACCUAAAGACGUCCUCUGGAUUGUGUGUGUGUGUGUGUGUGUGUGUGUGUGCGCGCAUGUGUGCAAGUGUGCAAGUGUGCAAGUUCAGAAUGUUUGAGGCUUUGGCAUUGUCUGUUAGUGAAAAAACAAACACUUCAUGAAAAUAACAGAUAUUAGCUCAGCUAUGGGAGUUUGUCUGACCUCUUGACCUGUAUAUGUGUGUGUGUGACUGUGUGUGUGUGUGUGUGUGUGUGUGUGUGUGUGUGUGUGACUGUGUGUGUGUGUGUGUCUGUGUGUGUGUGUGUGUGUGUGUGUGUGUGUGAGAGAGACACUAUAACCUAAUAAUUCAACAUUUUAAGUAAGUUUGACUGACUGCAGAAAGUCAGAUGACAAGAUGUAUACCACUCUCAAUUUAAGUAUAUGGGUAGUGAGGACGUGUUAGCUUAGCUUAGCAUACAGACUUCUAACAGAGAGACAGCUAUCUCACAAAGCCACACGUUGUAGUUUUUAUACUUUAUUCAAAUGAAAGGGAAAUGUUUAUUCGUGAACAAUUUAGUUUACGUCUAAAUAAAGCUAAGCUACAUAUUUAUUGUACAAGCAUAAAAGCAGUAUCAAUUUUAACAAGUGUGUAGAAGCAUUUCCUAAAGUGUCCAAAUAUUCCUUUAAUGUGAUCCAAUCUAGAGGAUGUGUGUAUGUGAUGACAAACGUGACCCGUCUUGUUCAUGUUGGAGAGACUGUUAAGACCUGUCCUUCUGUUCAUGUGUGUAUUUAUGUGUGUGUGUGUGUGUGUGUGUGUGUGUGUGUGUGUGUGUGUGUGUGUGUGUGUGUGUGUGUGUGUGUGUGUGUGUGUGUGUGUGUGUGUGUGUGUGUGUGUGUGUGUGUGUGUAAGCUGACUCUAAAUCGUCUGUCACAUAUUUUUCUACUUUUUUCUGUUGCGAUGUUUUCAUCCCUGUGAUGAAUGCAGCUCAGUUGGGGACCAUGAAAAUAUAUUUACACUAAAGAGAAGAAAAAAACAACAAUAUAUGCAGUGUAGAAUUUAAUGUGCUGUUCUUCAUGAUAGACUUGGGUGCUCUUUUGCUGAUUGCAAUUCAGUCUUUGAAAACAAACCCCAUCAAAGAUAGCCAGUCUAAUAGAUGUCUGUUCUCGGUUUAGAAAUACGGAAAAGGAUCAAAUCUUAAACUAACAAAGACAACUUUGCCCUCUAAUCCUUCUGUAUUCAAUCGUGACGCAUGUUUGUAUCGUAUUGUCUCACUUCUUGGACGUCCUGUAUGCCAGCUGUUUUUGUCCAAAGCAAGAACUAGUGUUUUCAUUGUUGUAUGAUGACAUAGAUUUGUUGCUUGCAGUGAUUGUUCUUAAUCAAAGUGGGGUUAAAAUUGAUGAAACUUGAGUAUGUGUUCUGAAAGUCAGUUAGUGGUGACUGUGCUCCUUGUUUACCUUGGACCCAGAUAACUCUUUUUUAAAAUAAAUAUAUAUAUAUAUAUAUUUAAAUAUGCCUAAAGUUCAGCAGAGAAUGCUUGUAACGUGCAAUUCAUCUUGUCAAGGAGGUACAAGAUAUGGCCGGAAAAUGGCAAUAUGCUUGAUGAGAAAAGAGCCAGAAUAAGUCUAAUUUGACAUUAACUUGUUUGUCCAUGUGAGUCCAUUUAGAAAAGGGAAAGUUUGAACAAUAACGUGGAGGCUUUCACUAAUUCUGAGGAAACCAGAUGUCCGUGUUGAAUCCAAGAGGACCACCAAAAGAUGUAUCAACUCAUCAAAAGAGCUCCCUAUGUCAAAUUGAAGCUCCCGUCCAAAAUGUAAAAGUUUACUAUUUAAUGUUAAUAUGUGUAGAAUUUGCAUUCUAUAUAAAUAUAUAUAUAUGUAUAAACUAUCAAAAGGUUCACUGGUUGGAGUUUUAGCUAUGACGGCAGUGAUAUGGGAUGUGUUAGCAAACACCUGCCUAAAGACUUCCAUUAAUGAUGGCGGUCUGAUAAAAGGGGUGGAGGUCUUUUUAUGGCAUGGUUUGUUUCCUUAAGAGCACACGGAUCAGUUCUGAAUGAAUCCUGAAAAAGAAGGGCCGACCCAUGCCAGAAAACUCCUUCAUCUGUAAAAGAACUGCAACAAACCUUCACUGUAGUUUGGACUUUUGGAAUUUAUGUUUGUGUUUUCUUUAGUUUGACUCUGAGCUGUUUAUUAAAUGAUAGAAGUUCUACUCUAAAUGUGAGUUAAAUUCUGAAAAAUCAAUGUACUGUGUGUAGAAACUGUAGAUGUUUGUACGUGCAAGUUUGGAAUUUGUGGAACAAAAGAUCAAUGAAAACGAUUCCAAAAAAGUUCAAUAUGACACAAAAAUCUAUCGUGUGUUGUCUUUGUGUUUUGUAAAUGAAGACUGAAAAUCUUGGUACAUUCAGUUUUUAUUACUUCUGGAUAUUGAGAAUAUUUUAGUGAUACUGAAAAGGUGGUGUAUUUAUUUUACGUGAGAGUUGUUCAUUAUUCCAGGAUUGGCCCUUUAUCCAGUUCUUUGAAGAUCAUAAUGGAAAUAAAACUUGAAAGAAAACC